UGGAAGUGGCAGGAGGAUGACGAGGCGGAGAGAUGACCAAUCAGACGCUGCUGGCCUUUGGAGACAAAUCAUUCGACUUGUGGCACAUUACAGCAUCUGCAUCAAGUCUCAAAGCCGAACCUUAACUUUAACACAAUCCACUAAAAGACCGCUUCAACUCCACUCAACUUGGAAGUCCAAUGUAACCUUCUGCUUCAAAAAAAUAACUAUAGGAACUUAUACGUCCCCGCUUUCUCCUCGGGAGAUUUACCUUCUUCAUGAAAAAGAGAGACAUCACGCUUUUGAAAGUUGUUCCUUCGGUUGAAUUUUUAUAAUGACCAUGACUACGUUGGCUGACGGAUUGGAAGCCCCGGAUUCCAAAUCUGCCUUCAUGGAGUUCGGCCAGCAGUCCCAGCAAAGUUCUCCGUCCAUGUCUCAAAGUCACUACCCAGUGCACUGCCUGCACUCAGGACACUCACACCAGCACGACAACUCGUACCCGGCCGUCAACACCUACAACAGACCCCUUCCUUAUCCCUACGUGAGUCACUCGCAUCACAGCCCUUACCUGCCGUCCUACCACAGCAACAGCACUGGCAGCCAGACACGUUUAGACGACACAGACCAACAAAAGACGACAGUGAUUGAAAACGGUGAGAUCCGUUUCAACGGAAAAGGAAAAAAGAUCCGCAAGCCGCGCACCAUUUAUUCAAGUCUCCAGCUGCAGGCGUUAAAUCACCGUUUCCAACAGACUCAAUAUCUGGCAUUGCCCGAGAGAGCCGAGCUGGCCGCUUCGCUGGGUCUCACACAGACGCAGGUGAAAAUCUGGUUCCAGAAUAAACGCUCAAAGUUUAAGAAAGUGAUGAAGCAGGGAGGAAAUCCCCUUGAGAACGAUUCUGUUUCUGGCUCGGUCGGUCUUUCCCCUCGUUCCCCAGCCAUCCCGCCAGUGUGGGACAUCACAGCUUCGGCCAAAGGUGUCAACAUGACCUCCAACAGCUACAUGGCUGGUUAUUCCCCCUGGUACUCCACGAGCCACCAAGACACCAUGCAAAGACAGAUGAUGUAACAUCCCGAAGCCAAAAUCUCUCAGUGGGGUUAAAGGGAACCCAUCGUUAGAUAAUGCCCAGAUACCCAGGAGCCAUUUUGAAUGGAAGAUCUAGCAGCGAUCGCAGUUGCUGACAGCCACGUUAAAUUGGACUGGUAAUGGGCGAAGAGGAGGAACGGACGGUGAUUGUAGACAUUGCGAAAGGGCCGCCACUGUCUCCAGCCAGUCCAUAAGAUCAAAUGAUCACAAAACGCAAAUGCAAAUGUGGGAGAUUUUAUGCCGAUUUUAAAACGGCGUAACUUUGUGAUGCAGAGACGCACUGGAAUAGAUAAAAAGACACGUUGUAUGUAUAUAUUGAUUAUUUUUAGGUGUAUAUAGUUUAUAUGUUUUAUGUUUCUUUCAUAUUGAGUAAUAAAUCAUAAAAAGUC